AAGAUGGCGUCCGCCAUGACUGACCGUAGCGGCCGCUUUCUUUGGACUGAUCAAGCUACGCUAAAAGUUCUAAAUCUCAUCAGAGAACUUGACGUCGUACACGUGUUAAACUCAAAACGACAGCGCAAUCAACAAACGUUUAUGGCGAUUGAGGAACUCUUGUCGCCGCUGGGCUACGACUGGUCGUGGCAACAGAUCCGAUGCCACUGGAAAAACUUGAAGUCGCGCUAUAAUCAUGAACGACGGAACUUGCGCCCAGGCCAAACGUCUUCUUGGAAAUACUACAGCGUCAUGGAUUCUCUGCUCAAGCAACAAACGAGAGCCGAAGACUUUGCUGGUGGUCGCGGUGAUGACUCGGAGAACUCGUCCGGAGCAGAAAAUUCGGCAGAUGCUGGAAGUUAUGUGUCUAGCAGUCAAGUUAUCCAGAGCCUAAUUCAGCACGGCAAUGAUGAGUACAUUGUGCCAACGAUGCAGGAGCCCAGUUGUGGUAGCACAGGUACAGCCAUCAUGCAGCCUCUUGGAGCUUCAGCAUCUGCGGAACUCGACAAUACAGUGGUGGCUGACACAGUGCUGGUGAAGAAGGAAGUAGAAACAGAUGAAGCGCAUUGUGAUGAGGUGCACGGGGCACCUGUAAACAGUUAUUGUGAGAGUGUAGAUCCGCAGCCUACAGCUCCCACAGUCCACGCGAUACCCUCUGUUGAUCAACCAUUUGGUCCUGCAUCCGAACCUACUGCUGAGGUGCAGCAGAUAGAACAAAUACUUUCUGAGCCAGACAUUUCCCCCGCCAUGAAUUCACAAGACAAUGCUUGCGCUGAAUCUCGGAGCAAUAACAUUGGGCGAAACACGGAUGUCCGUACGAAGACUUCAAGGAGGUACUUCUUCACAACAGGUAUGCCAGGCCUGGUAGAAAAGAAGACGAGGUUGGAGCUUGACAUCUUGGCAGCAACGAAAAGGAAACUCUUGGCUGAGCAGUUGAAAGCGGAAGCAGAGCAGCGUAAAGCUCUAGCUGAGACGCUGCUUCUCACAGAGGCACUGAAAAAGUAUGAGGAGGAAAAGAAGAAAGCCAUGGCUGAGACAAUGUUUCUGGUGCAGGAGAGGAUACGAUCAGAAGAGGAGACUCGACGAGCGGCGGCUAUGGCUGCCUUUCACAUUGAGGAGAAGCGCAAAGCAGCAGCCGAGGCUGACAUGCUCAAUGAACACAAGAAGUACUUUAUGGAGCAAAGGAAAACAGAAGUAAUAAAGCGACGUAUGCUCCUCCUCGAGGUGCAGAAAAUGCGACGUGACCUGAAGUUAGUGCCUUGAGUCAGUUGGCCUGGCGGGUAAGCUCCCGGUUGUUUUGUGUGAGUACGGCUGACCAGGGCGAGUUCUUUACUUCCAGCUUGUGUUCCGAGUUGUUGCUUCCUGGUGAUGUUAAUUAUGGGACAAAGACAAACUUGUAGUGAAGUGUAUUUGUAGGAGUCAGCAUCAUAGGAAAACAGCAUUCCUGUUGAGUUAUGGAGGGCAUGUCUUGUCCUCUUGCUUGGUCCCAGUUUUCUGAGCGCUAUGGCUUCAUUGGACAUGACCACUCCUUUGCUGUUAGUCUGCGAAGGUAAAAGAGGUCCUAGGCGCACUUGUUGGGCAGUAUAACAGGGGACUAGUUUAAUGACAUGUUUGCCGCAAAUAACGCAAACACAAUUAAAGAAACACACAAGAACAAACACUUGUCCUUGUGUGUUUGUUUACUUGUUUGUGUUAUUUGUGGCCAAAGCAUGUCAUUAAGCAAGUACCAACUGGGCCAACAAUCAGUACUGUUACAGGGGACUAGUUGCUGUGGCCUCUGUUUGCUCUGUAUUUUUAACAAUUUUUAGAAGCCGAUAUGUUGCAUCUGUUGCCCAAACAUGUUAUUCAUGUUUUUUGUUUUGUCCACUGUAAAUGUUUGUUCAUUAAUUAACCUUCGAAGUACAUGUCUUUGUACUCAAAACUUCCUGCAUUGUUUUUUGUGUAUGUGUACAGUGUUAUUGCGCACAUUUUCUUUCCUGUACUCGGUCUUCCUCUGCUGUAGAGAAGCAAAUGUACCAAUAUAUUGUUCAUAUUUCAAUGUUUGCCAUCAAAUAAAAUGGCCUGGCCAUUAUAUAUUUUUACAAGUACAAGUUUGAAUUUUGGUUGUUUACUUCAGAAUUUUCUGCAUGGAAGUUGCAGGCAUGGCACAUAAUAAAGUGCAUUUAAGGUGCUCAAAAA